UCUUCGCUCCGCUACCAAGGUCUGCGCGAACGAUGACGCCCGCGGUAGAUUUGUCAGGUCUUUACAUGGAGACAGAACAUCUGGGUUUCGGUGAGGGCUGGGGUACAAUGGGACCGCAGACUGAAACCCUGAAGUGACUGGAAAGCUUAGCUACGGAGGCAGCAGGAGGGGGCCUCGUCCCUCAGUUAAACCCCAGGUUUGACUGGGCCUCUUGCACUGCGGAGGACAUUACUGCGGUGACACAGGGGAGAGCUGGACCUACAAUCACGUUAGUGCCUUGCAAGCGUGAACUCCUAGUCGAGCACCACGGUCACCUCUGCCAUGCCUGAGGAAGACAAGGACGAAGGCCUGGAUGUGGCAGGUGACGAGGCCCCCCUGCUGGCAGGGGAGCACCCCGUGGGGACUCUGGGUGUCCGGCACCAGCCGAAAGACACCUACUGCCUGGUCUAUAUCAUCUUCUUCCUUCUGGGCCUGGGCUCGUUGCUGCCCUGGAACUUUUUCAUCACAGCCAAGCAAUACUGGCUGUACAAGCUGAGCAACGAGUCUGACCUGGGCCACGAGGGGCCACGCUCCGACCUCAGUGACUACUUCGAGAGCUACCUCUCCAUUGCUUCCACUGUGCCCUCAGUGCUGUGUCUGGUCCUAAACUACCUCCUGGUCAACAGACUCUCCUCAAGAUUCCGGAUCCUCACCUCACUGGGCAUGAUCCUCGCCGUCUUCAUCGUGACCACGGUCCUGGUCGUGGUGGACGUGUCAGACCACCAGACUCAGUUCUUCGCCGGGACUCUGGCCAGCGUCGCCCUGGUCAGCGGGGCCUCCAACAUCUUCUCAGGCAGUGUCUUUGGGAUCAGCGGCCACUUCCCCAUGAGGAUCUCACAGGCGCUCAUAUCUGGUCAAGCCAUGGGGGGCACUCUGAGUGCAGUGGCAUCCAUCGUGGACCUGGCAGUAGCCAAGGAUGUGACAGAUAGCGCUCUGGCCUACUUCCUGACCGCAGAUGUCUUCACACUGCUCUGCAUCGGCAUGUACCUCCUUCUGCCCAGACUGACAUACUCACGGUACUACAUGUCCAUGGCAGCUUGUAGUAGCACUGCGGUGCUGCCUGACAGGCUGUGUGAAGAGAGGGAUGGACCAGUGAGAUCCAGAGAAGAGGUCUCCAUACCACCGCUGAAGCCCAUCUUGAAGAAGACUUGGGUGCUGGGCGCCUGCGUGUUUUACGUCUUCUUCAUCUCUAUCAUAGUCUUCCCAGCCGUGUCGUCUGGGAUUCAGUCAGUGCACCAGGACUCUGGCAGCCCCUGGACCACCACCUACUUUGUGCCUCUGACCAGCUUCUUCCUGUACAGCGCCUCUGACUUCUGCGGACGACAGGCCACCGCCUGGCUCCAAGUGCCAGGUCCCACCAGUCAGGUGUUGCCGGGGCUGGUUCUGGCUCGGACAGUCUUGGUCCCACUCUUCAUGUUCUGCAACUACCAGCCCCGGGACCACUUGCACACGGUUAUUUUUGGCCAUGACCUCUACCCUGUGAUCUUUGUGUCACUUCUGGGCCUCAGCAAUGGAUAUCUGGGCACACUGCCCAUGAUCUAUGGGCCUAAGGUGGUGCCGCGGGACCUGGCGGAGCCCACCGGGGUGGUCAUGUCCUUCUUCCUCACCCUUGGCCUAGCUGCUGGCUCGGCCUUCUCUGUGCUUAUCGUUCACUGUAUCUGACAGGGGAUCUAGGACUGGGGUAUGGAUAAUGAUAUCCCAUCAUGCUCUGCAGCUAAUGGAGCUGUAGUGGCUAAUCAUGGUGCUGACGCUAUUCUGAUCCCUGAUCACCCCGUUUCUCUUCUACGUUUGACCUAUGGUUCAAGGGGGUGAUGGGCCAGUGCUCUGCCCCAACAUUCAUUUUGCUGUCAGUCUAAAAUGUAGUAUGUAACACAGUGGUGCAGGAUCUUAACUUUUGUUGUGUGACUUUUAAGUGUAUUUUAUGGUGAUCUUAACAUGUUUUUACGGUGAUCAAGAUCUUGCGUUUGGUAGGUCAGCUGUAAUUUUGGACCAAAUGUAACUAGGUUGUGGUUUUUAGGGGGUAAAUUCAGUUUUCCCCUUAAUCAGUGUAGAAAAUGUUUGACUUCAGGGACAUUUUUUUUUUUGUGGACAAGUUCUCUGUGCAAAUGAAACCAGCAAAAAACAUGUCUUAAACAGUGUAAAUCAUUUCUGACUGACAGAUCAUUCCACAUAGAACAGCUAAAUGCAAAACAAAAUAUGAUUUAUUCCUUUGCUUGACACUGACUCUAGAUUAUUAGUUUUACACAAUUAAACAAUUCUAACAAAAAUUG